UUUCAAUUAAUAAAAUAAGAAUAUAAUUUAGUUCUUGAGAUAUUUGUUUUAUUUUUUGUUAAAAUGGAGUCAAUUGAUUUAAAUAUGGAUGACAUUUUCGAUCGUGGUGGAGGUUACGAAAGUGGUGAAGAUGUGGGGUACCAUGCUGAUGAUCGUUACCGUAACGAGAAUUACGACGAAGGCAGCAGCGAAGUCAGAGACGGUAGGAACGUUGAGGCUGCCGGUGAAGGUGAUGAGGUUUUGUCAAACUUGAAAGAUGUUUCUAAAGAAACGAAGAAACGAACCAUCAGACCUCAAAUUAAAUUGGAUGUUGAUAAGCUUAAGGGCUCCAGGGGUCUUCAAGCACUGCCGAAGAUUUUCAAGAAGGUUCAUUUGAAAGGGAAAGGCCAUGAGGCUCACGAUCUUGACCUGAUUAUGACACAUUUGGAGCACUGGGCUCACCGGUUGAUGCCAAAGAUACCGUUCUGUGAGUUUGUUGAACGAAUGGAAAAACUUGGAACCAGGAAAGAAGUCCAGACCUGUUUGAAAAGGAUUCGACUGGAUUUGCCAUUCUUUGACGGUGCAAUUGAAGAUUCAGAUGACGCUAACAAACCAAAUUCUCCCAUAUAUAUGAACGAUGAAAUGAUGCAUGCAGUCGAUGCCGAAGAAAAUGACACUGAGGAUCAUUCAAGAACAAAUAUAACUGAAACUUCCCCCAACCAUCAUGGUGAUUCAACAUCAUCUAGUCAAGCACGGGAGUCGUCAAUGGCUGAAAAUAACGAGAGCAACAGUUGGACAAUAAAAAACGAUUCAACAAAUAAUAUCGUUCUCACCGAAAGUAUGAAGGAAAGAAUAGAAAGAAACAGACAACUGGCUCUAGAGAGGCGAGCCAUGAGGAUGGCUGGCACCCUCGGUAGUAGCCAGACUGUUAACAAACGAUGAAUUAGUUGUAGUGUUGAACUGACAUGCUUGUGUUUUUGCUGAAUUGUACGUUUUUUUAAUUACACUUCUUUUAAUUUGCUCUUUUGUCAAUAGAUUGCUGGUAUAUAAUUUUGAUGCAAGUAAUGUUGCUACUCGUCUCUUUUUAAUGUAGUUUACUUAAUAAUUUAGAACAGUUGACAAAUGAGCAGUUCUCUCAACCCAUUUGCGGAUUUGGUUCUUUCAGAUUGUUGUACACCUAACAUAACUACUUGAAUG